UACAGCGCAGGUUGUUUGUUUUGACGAGGAAUAAGUCUGUUUGGAUACAAGACUUGGAUAAUAGUUGUUUGAUAAUAGUUUGGCUGAGUUAUUACAGUCACGAGCUAUUUCAAUUGGGCUUGAUUGAGCUUUUCGGGAGAUAUAUACACACAGACGUACAGAUGAGUUCAAAGACAUGGGACUACAUCGCAAAGAUUGUGAUGAUUGGUGAUUCGGCAUGUGGCAAGUCGUCGCUCACUAUCCGGCUUACAGACGAUACGUUCAGCGAUAACCACGACGUGACUAUUGCGGCGGAGAUUGGGUCCAAGAUCGUGCCGGUGGAUGAUAGUGUUUAUAUCAAACUGCAAAUUUGGGAUACCGCAGGACAAGAGCACUACCGAGCCGUAACAAGAUCAUAUUUCCGCAACGCAACAGGCUGUCUUCUAGUCUACGACGUCACCCGACGCGACACCUUUCUGCACGUGCAGGAAUGGCUCGCCGACCUGCGCGCGCAGGCCGAUCCCGAGAUCUGCGUGCUGCUGGUCGGCAACAAGUGCGAUCUGAGCGAAACCCAGCGGCAGGUGUCGGUGCAGGAGGCGCGCGAGUGGGCGGCUGCGAACGGGCUGAUGGAUUUUGUGGAGACCAGCGCAAAGACUGGUGAUCGGGUCGAGGAGGCGUAUUUGCAGGUCGCGCGGGAGAUUUACUAUAAGAUCAAGGGCGGCAAGUUUGAUGUGAAUGAUAAGGGACACGGGAUUAAGAUUAAUAACGCAAAGUACGGGUCAAACGGCAACGGCCUGAAUCUGGACGGGAACAAGGGCAAGGAGGCAAAGGCCAAGGGCGGGUGCUGCUAACUGCACUUCUCUGCUUCUGUGUGCAAAUAUCUAAUAGAGAGAGCCAUCUUUUGUAAUAAUAUUGGAAUAGUAUUGUCUCGGUUAAUGUUUCCCGUUUACGAGUAUUGAU